AUGUCAACAUCAACAUCUAACCAACAACCUUGGCCCGUGAAACAAUACAUCCCCCGCCAUCAAACCUGGCCGUACAACCCCUCGGAUUUCACACGGCAGGAUAAUUCUCCGGAUGAUGGGUUUUAUAGCGCCCCCCGCUUCGUGACCCACAUCGACGACUUGGCCAUCGCCUCGUUACGAGAAUACUACGAUCACGUCCUACCGCGAAAAGGGAAGGUUCUGGAUUUCUGCUCCAGACGCCGCGGCGAAGGGGAGGUGAAAGUCGUAGGCAUGGGAAUGAACGCGGCGGAAUUGGAGAGGAAUCCAGUGUUGGAUGGAGGAAGAAUCCUGCAUGAUUUGAAUGCCGAUCCGGACGUUUCGAGAGUUUUGAAAACGCACGGCGCGAUCGGUGACGAUGAUGGCGAGAAACUCGAUGCGUCCACAAACGUCGUGAGCACGGAUUAUCUCACUUCACCUGUUGAAGUCCUGCACUCCCUGCUACACGCGACGAAACCCGGGGGUCGCGUGCACCUUACCAUCAGCAAUCGGUGUUUUCCUACGAAGGCGAUUGGGAGGUGGUUAAGGGUGAGUGAGGAGGAGAGGGUGCAGAUGGUGGGGGAUUUUUUGUGGUUUGCGGGGUGGAGGGGGAUUGAGAUUGUGGAGUUGAGUGAUGGGGGGGUUCAGGGGGGUGGUGGUGGAAGUGGGGGGUUGAAGGGGUUUUUGGCGGGGAUGGGGAUGAGGGGGAGGGAUCCGGUUUGGGUUGUUAGGGCGGUGAAAGAAGGGUAG